AUGGACGUGUCACAGUCUCAGAGAACCACAAGAAGCCUGAACCGGUCCUGCGAAGGAUGCAGGGCACACAAAGUUCGAUGCUUACCAGAUUUAACCAAUUCAAAUCAAUGUCAGCGCUGCACCAGGAUGAUGAGGCCUUGUAUUUUUGCAUCACCACAGAAAAGAUCACGCCGCAAAACAGGAUCCCGGGUGGCCAUGCUACAGGAAGAAAUACAGGCCAUGCGCUCUCUUCUAGAAGCUCGGCUUUAUACAAGGGACAGCAGGGUUGACCGGUUUCCUCCACCACCAGAGGACAAGAACCUCUCAUCAAUGGAAUAUGACUCCUGCCUCUCAGCUGCCAGUGACAUUGUUGAUCUCAAUAUUCUGUCCAUAGAGAAGGCUGAAAGGCUUGUUCGGUUUUAUGUCAGCGAGUUAGUUCAAUUCUUCCCAGUUGUGACCCUCCCUAUUGAUGUCAAUGUGGAACAGCUGCGUCGGACUAUGCCCAUUCUGUUUCUAUCGAUUGUGGCUGCUGCUUCAUUGACGGCAGAGCCUUCACUAGCUACGACUCUCAAUGACCAGCUAGUAACAAGGAUUUCCCAUGUUUUCUUUGUUCAAGGCGAAAAAUCCCUCGAGCUCGUUCAAUCUUUGUUGGUGAUGAUUGCAUUCUACUACCCACCAAAUGGGUCGCGACAGAGUCAAUAUUACCAAUACACGCAUAUUGCCGCCACCAUGGCCUUUGAACUCGGCCUCACAUCCGACUUUCGUGAACCAGAUAGCUGGAUGGAGGAAGAUGUACGCAAAAGUGGCAGAUUGGCCCAGGCUAGGGCCAUAAUCGGCUGUCACUACUUUGCAUCUAAUAUCGCAGUGAAAACUCAUCGACCCAGUGUUCUACCUUCAAACACCUUUACAAGACAAUGCGCUGAAAUAAUCGAGCAAUCGGAAGUUCCAACAGACCGUCUCCUAGCCGCAUGGUUUCAGUUGCAGCAAAUUGUGGAGGAUUUCUCAUCCACUUGCAUCUUGGACAACAUGCCGUCCACUGAGAACUCAGCCGAUGCUCAAGUACAGCAACGUGUGCGAUACUUUCAGAGUCGAAUUUUGUCGUGGAAAAAAUGUUUUCACACCGAAACUUUGACGAAUCUAAUAAUGAUUGAAUAUCAUUUCGCCUCACUCACAAUUCUUGAGCUUGCCAUUGGCGAGGCAUAUCGAGACCCAGAAGCUAUCCGAAGGAAAUAUUUUACCCUUCCCUCGCCAAAAGUAAUUAAUGGACCAACAUCCAUUUCACCGAUCUCUGCCGCAGACAUCGACAUUACUCUUAAGCGACUCGACGAAGCCUACCAUAUUAUGGAUGCAUUUCUUUCCUGGGAUCUAGAGAUGAUUCGAAAAUUUCCAAACACCAUCUUCACUCGAGUCAUUGCCGCAUUGACGACGCUUUUGAAAGUUUUCUAUUCGACUCAUUCCGACGCUAUAAAGAACGUGAUAGACGUGGGACCGGUGAAUAUCCGCUUCUAUCUGAGCUCCAUUCAAGAGAGACUUCUACAGGCAGGCGAUGGUAAUACCUACAAAAUCCCUUCCCGCUGGGCCAGAAUUGCCUGCAAAAAAGGUGAAUGGGUUGAUGAGUUCCAAAUGAGUCAAUGGCUAUCAAGUUUUGAGACUCCAAUUUGUGAGCCUGCACCAUUCACAGUUGUUACAGCGCCCCUUCUUGGUUCGAACUUGCCAUUCACGGCUCGACAGCAUGAUACCCAGGGGGUGUACGGUGACCUUGACUACGACUGUCCGCCGGAGCCCCGGAGGUGUCCAUUCGAACGCAAUGAGACGGAAUCCAUAUCAGCUUUCCCGUCAAUGAGGAGUGAAGAACUCUAUGUAUCCGAUGCCAGAUUCCAUGAUUCUGUUUUCUAG